AUGAGGAAGUUGUGUCCGAACAUAGACAGAGACGAUGGCCUGGAGACGGUUUUGGAAAUUCCGAUACCGGAGGAGUUGUUCUCCGGCAUGGGCAAUAACGUUGCACUGAGGUGUCAGAAUAUGAUGACGUGGAUGAAAGCUCAAACGUCUGAAAAGUUGUCGCAACCGCUAAUCGCUGCACGCAUCAACGAGCUUCGUUUUCUUCUCUACCUCCUUGGAUCGCCUCUUAUACCUCUCCAGGUCCAAGUUGGUCACUCUGUUCAUAAGCCUGUCAAAGAUUCAUCCAUUCAAGCGUCGACGGCGAAAUAUAUAGUGCAACAAUACAUAGCGGCGACGGGAGGACCGGCAGCGUUAAACGCGGUGAACAGUAUGUGCGUCAUUGGACAAGUGAAGAUGACAGUGUCAGAGUUUCAUCAAGGAGAUGAAUCCUCCAACGUUAAUCUUAAAAACAACGAUGAAAUAGGUGGUUUCAUAUUGUGGCAGAAGGAUCCAGAUCUUUGGUGUUUGGAGCUUGUUGUCUCUGGAUGUAAAGUCAUAUGCGGUAGCAACGGUCGGGUUUCGUGGCGACAUUCUUCUAACCAGCAAACACCUUCGUCUACCGGAACACCUAGACCUCUCCGCCGAUUUUUACAGGGUCUAGAUCCUCGUUCUACCGCGAAUAUGUUCCUCGACGCAACGUGCAUUGGAGAGAAGAUUAUCAACGGAGAAGAUUGCUUUAUAUUGAAACUGGAGACGAGUCCGGCGGUUAGAGAUGCUCAAAGCGGUCCAAAUUUUGAUAUCAUUCAUCAUACGAUAUGGGGUUAUUUUAGCCAAAGAUCGGGACUGAUGAUUCAAUUUGAGGACUCGAGGCUUCUGAGUGUGCGGACCAAGGAAGGCGACGUUUUCUGGGAGACCAGCACAGAAUCGGUGAUGGAUGAUUAUAGGUACGUGGAUGAUGUGAACAUUGCUCACGGUGGGAAAACGUCAGUUACUGUUUUCAGGUAUGGUGAAGCGUCGGCGAACCAUCGGAGACAGAUGACGGAGAAGUGGCGGAUCGAGGAGGUUGACUUUAACAUUUGGGGUCUCUCGGUCGAUCAUUUUCGUCCUCCGGCCAAUCUGAACAUGGGGAACUGA